AUGAUUUAGCAUUAGCUGUUAGAAUGCUGUUUUCCUUAGCGAUGUUACCACUUCAUGAUGUGGAAAAUGGAUUUUUACAAGUUGCAGAAGAAUUUCCAGAACUUGAUGGAACGGAAGAUUUUUUGAAUUACUUCGAAUUCACUUACGUUCGCGGACGGCAAAUGCGGAACGGUCGACGUCGGAAUCCGCUUUUCAGUCCAGAACAUUGGAAUCACCACACAUCCAUCACAGAGGGAUUGGCAAGGACGACCAAUUCAAUAGAAGGUUGGCAUUCUGGAUUGCAAUCGUUAUUUCAAUGUAGUCAUCCUACCAUUUGGCGAUUUCUGAAUGGACUACAAAAAGAAAUUUCAUUACAACACGCAUAUUAUUUGCAGCACGUAAGUGGACAACGAAUUCCUCAGAAGAAGAAGUACAGAGAACUGAACACCAGAGUCGAACGAAUAGUUGCAAGCUACGAUCCAGCGAAUAAAAUGGAAUAUUUAAGAACCCUUGCUCAUGUAUUUUAAUAAUGUAUGCAUGUAUAAAUAAUAUGUAUAAUAUUCAAUAAAGCUCUAUAUAUUUUUUUA